AAGCGCGAGGAUCGUGAUCGUGAAAGUGUUAAUCGGUCGCGGGACACGGAAAUUCCCGGUGUCCACCGGUGUGAUAGUGUCGUAACUCUAAACACACCCGCCUUCUGGUUUGCUGCUGACCGAUCGGUGGGACGCGAAAUGUCAGCAAAUACCCCACGCGAUGGUGGGCCGGCGAAACGGCAUCGCCAUCCGCACCGGCACCAUUUGUCAACCGGGCGACAAAUGAUCGUUCUGUUCGUCCUGGCCGCGCUGUUCGUUCUGACGGUUCUGCCCCUUGCAACGUGCCAUCCGAGAAGUGCCGAUCCUGACCAAACACCAUCGAAUGCACCCAUUGGAACGGCGAACAGAACCGCCGGCGCGUACAAACGCACAGCUCCGCAAACAAACGGCACGCUACCGCGGCUGGCCGCAGGUAAGGAGGUACCGACGAAACGGCGCAACAUUCGCCCGUACCGCGUGCACCACCAUCGCACUGGGGUCGUCCGAACCGGACGCAACACCGGCCCGGAGUAUCUCGGCGAACAAGUAUUCCCCAGCUAUCAUAGAACGCGCGGCAAAUCGAUCGAUCGAGUUCCACCGGUCACGGUGCCGCAGCAACAUCUCCACCAUCCAAGGGUCUACAAGAACGUGCAGGAGGGUUCGAUAAUGCUGGAAGUGGGAAGCAAAGCGUUUCUGGAACCAGGUCAAAAUCGAACGUCCGCGUUCAACCCCAAACAAGACACGCUGGUUUAUCGUGGCCGGUUACCGGAGGCUAGAAGGAAAAAUGGACGCGCACAGGGUCACCGGCACAACGGGAAGGGUUACGUCGGGCAAAUGGGUGGUGGCGGUGGUGGUGGUGGUGGACCUGGUUCCAGACGCCACGGUGCACCGAUGCACCUGAAAACGACCAACAUCGGUGAGCUGUGCAUUAGUUGUCCCCCGGAACGAACCGCGAUCGCACGAAAAGGUCUCGAUGGGGUGCUUAUUGAGCCACCCUGUUUGUCCACCUGCAAUGGUCGACCGAUCUCGAAGGAUCUGUACGAGUUGGAGACACUUUUUGGUCCGAAAAUGAACUUUAUCCUGCCGCAUUCGAAUGGGCCACCGUACAGCUUCCUGGCGAAGGUUGUGAGUAAGCAGACGGGAAAUACGGUGUUGACGUGCGAUCUGCGGUAUCGCGUGGUCGUGAAGCAAUGCCGCCGGUACAAGCCGAAGAACCGUGAUCUGAAGGUUAGCUGCAGUCUGGAGAACAUCUGGGGAUCGCGGUGUACGUUCCACUGCCGUAGUGGCGGAUAUCUGAGCCGACCGAAUUCGUACGUCGAGUGCGGGGAGGACGAGCUGUGGGAAGGCGAGGAACCGUACUGUAUAUUUAAUGAUGUUUCCGACGAUUACGCGGCCGAUAGUGAGGCACAACCCGGUUCGAGCGAUUGCCAGCUGGAUAUUCUCCCGGAGCACGGCCGGUUCGCGUGUGAUCUGAAGGAUAACGAGAACACCUCGAACGAGCUGAUCGUCCCGAACGGGACCGCGUGUCAGGUGAAGUGCAACGAGGGCCAUCAUAUUCCGGUGCACCUGCAACCUGCCGCUUACUUCGAAUGCACCGACGGUCGGUGGAAUAACACCAUGCGCCCGUUUUGCUAUAAAUCGAUACCGAUCGCGAGCGGAAAUAGCCAACGACGCCGUGGAUAUGGUUAAGAUAGUUAGGGCUUAGGACAUCCCGCAGGAAUCGCUCGAUAGGUAGAAAAUGACCGUUCGGUAUAUAUUUGUGAAUGUGUAAGAAAUUUGAUUGAUAAACCAUCCGCGAGCGAACGUUGUCCCUCUUAAUGGGUAUGUUAUAAAUUAAUUUUUAGUCAUUUUAAGCGCAAGAAAGCUACGCAUAUGAGCAUGAUCUGGACCGCCGGUAGUAGUAUUGAGUGAUGCCUUAUCUCUCUAAGACGCGGUGCCAUAACCACCCAGCCCCAGUCGAACAAAACUUUGCACUAAUAGCAGCUAAGGAAGCCGGUUGUAAUUAUGUGCGCCACUCCGCGUAUCCAAAGGAUUCGAUCUAAAUUUAAGGCAUCCAUCCAGGUGGCACGAGACACGAGCGGACGAGAGGUUUCAUUUCUGUUCGAACUAAUAAUGCAACACAGUUGCGUUGAAUUGCUACGGAAAACAUAUAUUUGUUCCUUACUUAUCAAGCGUGAAGUGUAUUUUAAAUAUGUUUUUUUUAAUAUUAUUUGCGUUUUGCUUGGCGAAUCUAACAAAUGAUUAAAAGAAACAUGAAUAGACUUGCGAGCGAGCGAAAGCGAGGAGAAAACAUUCUAGCAUUAAGGUCAUGUAAAUUGUCCCUCCAACACGGGGAACCGCUACAUUAACAUUAAACACUGUAAACGGAAUGUGUGCUCUCUCGAAGAGAGCCGAAAGGACUAAAAUGAGUUGCCGUCUGACCAGUUGCCAAUCCGACGAUCGAAUGCACCAACGUUUCGGCCAAUUGUUUUUAUCCCAAUGCAUUUAGUUUAAAUUAAUUUCGUUAUCAUCAUGCAACACAAGCAAUCCUCCUGUCGCAUUUCAUUUAAAUUAUUUACAUUCAACGAUCGACCACCACCAGCAACAACCGUUGAUUUGGCGUUUUGUUUUACCUUCUCGGAUUGGUUUUGGCAAUGGCGAAA